CGGCAGCAGCAGCAGUAGCCACGAACGUCGUGGUGUCAAAUUGCUUUUGCUCAAAUUGCUUCAAUUCUGCUUACGCUGUAGGUUGGUCCAGGCAGGAUUGUGCUGGCGUUUACAGCUUUGAGUAGAACGAGGACGAGGAAGAAGAAGAAGCGGAGCACGAGGCAGUCCGUCGAGAGUACGCAGCUCAUUCGAGGGGACCCGUCUGUGCGGUCAAAUUCCUCGCCAGGCUCAUUUCUCGUUUCUCCUCGUCGCCAUAAGUGGGGAGGAGCUCAGCCAGGGCCAAGGGGAGUGCGGUGGUGUUGGGCUUCGGCUGACAGGGAUCGAGGGGUGCCAUUUUUUCGGGCAGGCUUAGCAGAAACAAUACGGAGAGCGUUUAGAUCCGAGUGACUGACUGAGAGUCCGUAGGGGAAGCUGGUAUACUGGAACGAGGAGGUGGAGUGGUAGGGAGAUCCUAGGAAGAGGACCGAGACGCGGAUCGAGGGCCGUUGUGUGUGUGCCUUUGUGUGUGGUUCCGUUGUGGAGGCGCUACGAUCGCAGCCAGUGGGUUGUAGUUUUUUUAUUGUACAUUUCACGUUAAUGUGUUGAAGAGAGUACCUCUGGAGCCAAGGAAUGCUGGGGACGAAGCGCGAAGGAGGAGAUCAGCCUGGAGGACGUUCGCUCGGGCUGCAUCUUUAGGGUUUUUAAACUCUGCUAUCAGUCAAGCAAUCAAGCAGCCAUCCAGCCAACAAGCGGUGGAUAUGAUCAUCAGUGCCUCUUCUAAGCAAUGAUUGCCGGACCCUUGGCAUCAGCCCGUGUCAUGUCAUCGUUAUUUAUUUCGUUUUAGAGAGUGAUCUGGUGAGCUGAUUUGGUAGACGGAAGGAAUGUCAAACGAAAUCUGUGUUUUGGAGUAGUACUAUGGCCCGGGCAAAACAGAGUUGGGAUUCCUGGCGUGGAUUGUCUUAUCUUCGCUCGGUGAGUUUUGUUUUCCUCUUGCCAGUGCCCUUAGUGUAGUCCAUGUUCCGGGGAUUCUCUACGGAAAUAGGACAAGUCGAUAUCGGAGCAGCAUUCGGCCUACGAGUGCUUUUUAAGGCACGACACGCGUGUAGACUGGGGAAUUGGUCUGUCUGCGAAGAUGCUGUCGAAUGUGCCAACUUCAGGGUCUGAUGGUACCAGUGCCAGCAAUCGGGUGCCGAUAUACUUGAAUGUGUACGACCUUACUCCGAUGAACGGGUAUGUGUACUGGGUUGGACUUGGCAUUUUCCACUCGGGCAUCGAAGCUCAUGGAUGGGAGUAUGCUUUUGGUGCUCAUGAUUACCCCUCCAGUGGAGUAUUCGAGGUAGAGCCGCGCAACUGCCCUGGUUUCACCUUUAGGCGAAGCAUAGUGUUGGGAUCCACUGAUAUGUCUCCUCAAGACUUUAGGAACUUCAUAGAAAAUAUUUCUGCUGAAUACAGUGGGAACACUUAUCAUCUUAUUGUGAAAAAUUGCAAUCAUUUUACAAAUGAUGUUUGCUAUCGCCUAACAGGAAAAGAGAUUCCUGGUUGGGUGAAUCGGUUGGCCGGGAUAGGCUUGUUCUGCAAUUGUCUGCUACCAGAAAGUCUGCAAGUCCCAGUUGCUGGUAGCGCCUCUGACGGCUAUGAAGGUUCGGAGCAAGAACUCAAACGCUCACUUACAUCCCUUGCAGAUAAUGCACAUGAUAGCCCGAGCAGCAAAGGUGGUGUAGAAAGCGAGAGUGACCAGGACCAGCAGCUCCUUCUUAGAACACCCAAUGGUGAUACACAAGCGCUUAUGCGCGAUCGCAUGUCAGAUGCCUCUUGAUUAGAUAAGUGAAUUUGUUAUAUGAUUCUAUGAUCUCAUGGACCAAGUGAUGGGGCCUUUGGAUUGAAGUCUGUAAGAGGGUACCUGAUGGCCUCAACAAUGUUUUAUAGAAGAGAGGAAAACUAGAAUAAGAGUCACUGUGAAUCAUUCAAUGUCCCCCACAAGGAGGACAAUCAUGGAAAUGUGCAAAAUUACGUCAUCCAAAGUUUUCUUUCAAACAUAUGUGUCUCGUCUGAAUCCUCUCAGUUUACAGGUUAUAUUUUUCUUUUCUAAGUGGUCCCGUCCAGGCUUCUACCAAUCUCGGUUAGGCAGGAGGGGUUCUAGUACAGCUUUUUCUUUUAGGAGUCGAAUCAGAAUCUCAUACGACCGAGUGAGACACUUCCUCUGUUUUGUCUAUUACUCAUCACCACCAAGUAGGUCAGUGUAUCUACACGUACAUACUGUACAUCCCUCUUUCACUCUUUAGAUCUCCAUGAAGAGGACGAUCAUGGAAUAAUGCAUUUUAUGUUACCAACGUCGAUACAAUCAUUUGAAUUUGCAUGUGGAUUGGUGUCGAAAUUAUAUUAUUCAUCUCACUAUGUUUGUAUUUAUAAGUUUUCUUUUUGGUUCGGUUUACAGGUAUCCCCUCUCGAACUCGGUAAUGGGCGAAUGCAGAAGUUGCAAUUGUUUAUUUUUGAUGUCCAGAUUUAUGAGUUUUGUCAUGUUUUUUCUACAAUUGUCAGGCCGCUAGAACGAGCCAGAUGUCACACUGAGAACAUUAUUUGCCAUGGUUGGAGUUUGUGGAAAUAGACAUUUUAGAUAAAUGGAAAUCUUCCAGCAUGUACAGCAGUGCAAUU